ACCAAUAUGAUUCGAUCCCGCUCAGCUGGUUUAAUUACAGCACAUAAACAAAUCAUUCGAUUUAAAUUUAAACAACAAGCGGGAGAUUACACUUGCCUCUACGGCAAAAUGGAUAGCUAUUUUGCUGGCGAAAUCGCAAUAUCCGCUUCUCAGGCAAAUUUGGAAGUUACGCUUUUGGGUGGACAAAGUUUUCGUUGGAGGAAAGUAGGAUCAGCUGAUUCCAAUUUUCCGGAAUUACAUGGAGUUGCCUACAAUGCAUACUGGGAAUUGAGCCAAAGCGCUGCUGCUAUUUCCUACAAAGUUUAUCCAAUACCACAAAAGACCACUAAGUUUCCGCGCAAACAUGACUACUACAGAGACUUGUUGCGUCGAUAUUUGCGGCUUGACUUUGAUUUGAAUAAAAAUCUGGACAGUUGGCGUGCAGCACAUGAACAUUUUUCAACUAUUACGCCGCACAUGAAAGCGGUUCGUGUACUGGAUCAAGAGCCACUUGAGAAUAUACUGUCGUUCAUUUGCAGUCAAAAUAAUCAUAUUAAAAGUUGUGAUCGCAGGAGAUCGGGCUAUUCUGCACUUCGAAGAUAAUAGGAAAAGCAACGUACUUCAAGAAUUCAAAAAGAAAAUGCCGACAUUCAUUUCGUCUAUCUUCUGUUGUAAUUCAUGAUUGAAUAGCGCGAUAAAAUAAUAACAGUGCUCCUUGUGUUGUGUUGAAAGCUUACACAGGACAACAUUGAUUUUGGU